AUGUAUUUUAUACUAAUCCUAUUUUUUUUUGAUUAGAUUAAAUCAUAAAAAAUUGCUUUUGGUUCAUGUUUUACCUAUGAGGAUGCAGAAUCACUAAUCUUUUUUGAGAUAGCCAAACAUAAGCCAGAUACUUUUGUCUGGUUAGGAGAUGCUGCCUAUGUGACUUCUAAAACAAGCUAAAAUAGAAGAAUGUCUGAAUUGAAUGAAACAAUAGUUGAAUACAAAUUUAAUCUUACAAAACAUAACCCUGGUUACUAAAAAUUGUUAAAUGCUACUCAAAUUGAUGGUGUAUGGGAUGAUCACGAUUAUAAUGAAAGAGAUGGAAUUUAUUCAAAUCCAGCAAAGGAAAUGACUAGACAAUUAUACUUAAAUUUUUUAGAUGUAGGAAAAGAUGAUGAGAGAAGAGUCAAUAAAGAUGGAAUUUAUUAUUCCUUCAAAUUAAAAAAUACAAAGAUAAUACUUUUGGAUGUAAGAUGGAAUAGAAACCCAGAAACAUAAGAUGUUUUAGGUGAAAAUUAGUGGAUUUGGUUAGAAAAUGAACUAAAGGAUGUAGAAAUUGGUUAAUUCAUCAUAGGAAGUGGAUCAUAAAUUUUGCCAAAUGAUAGGUUAUUUAUUGAUGUAUGGUACCAAUCAAGCAGAAACAAACUACUACAAAUAUUAAAAGGGAAAAAUGCUUUACUAAUAACAGGAGAUGUCCACUUUGCCGAAAUUUUAUAAGAUCCAUGUACUAAUAUAAUUGAAGUUUGUUCAUCAGGAUUAUCAUAUGGAUCUCAUUAUAGGAAUAUACUCAGGGGUCUUUUUGAAUUUUUUGCAGAAUUGUUUUAGCCAGACACAUUUUCAUAAUAUUAUGAAAGAUUUGCUGAUAAAAACUAUGCAAUUAUAGACGUUGAUGAGAAGAAAAUAUCCAUUUAUAAUGAAACUUCAUUAUUAUAUUAAGUUGGCUUUAAUAAAACAACUUCAGUUAAAUGUGAGGACAUUGAAUCUACACCUGUAAUUUUUAAAUACUUUUGGAAUUUUAGCAAUAAAAUAAAUGCUUUUUUCUCUAUGUUAUUAUUCUAAUAAGUAGUGAAAGCAUUGACAAUAUGUAUUAUUCUAUUAAUUUUCAUGAUAUUGUUUGGUUUUGGAGUCCUUAAAAUUUUUGGAUUGUAAAUAAUAAGAAGAAAGACAAUUGAAAAAUUAAAAUAAAAAAAUGAAUGA